CUAGUACAAUUUAAACUAACCUAUAGGUUCUAAUAAGAGGCAAUUUAUUAUGUCGGGUUUAUUGUCAGCAGUGUUACAACCUUUGCGGUUUCUAAAGCAAGGGCUGCACACGAUCAGUCAAGUAACCCCAAGCACUAGCUUAGUCAAGCCAGAGAGCUUUUCAUUACAAUCAAUUAGAACAAAUGUUCGCUGUUAUUUCCCACGGCCCAACGAAGUGAAAAGAGUCCGUCGACAUGGCUGGAAAGCCAGGAUGGCCACACCAACAGGCAGAAGGAUCAUUAUGCGGAGGUUAUUAAAAGGCAGAUAUGUUUUGACCCACUAAACAAUACCAUCAUAGGAUAAAUAGUUUUAGAAAAUAAAAAACAUAAAAUAGCAACAAA